AUGAAGUAUUUCAUCUCUCCGCCAACUGUGAGCAUCAUGCAUUCUGGUCAAGCAUGUAACAUAGAAGAAGAAAGAUAUACAGAAAGAGUGUACACAAUUCGGGAAGGAGAAACCUUGGAGCUAACCUGCCUUGUUAGAGGUCACCCUCGGCCACAGAUCAGAUGGACGAAAACAGCAGGAAGUGCCUCUGACAGGUUCCACGACAACAGUGUCUUCAAUGAGACCCUGAGGAUCACAAAAAUCCAGCGUCACCAGGGAGGCCGUUACUACUGCAAGGCUGACAAUGGCUUGAGUACCCCUGCAAUCAAAUCCAUCAGAGUAGAUGUAUACUAUUUGGAUGAUCCUGUACUGACGAUACAUCACAGUAUAGGUGAAGCAAAGGAAUUGUUUUACUUUGAAAGAACUGUGUUCCUUAGGUGUUCAGUCAAUUCAAAUCCCCCUGUCCGAUACAGUUGGCGUCGAGGAAGAGAAAUUCUAUCACAGGGAUCAGACAAGGGAAUUGAGAUCUAUGAACCCUUUUUUACCCAGGGUGAAAUAAAGAUCCUGAAAUUGAAGAAUCUACGUCCUCUGGAUUAUGCGAAUUAUAGUUGCAUUGCAUCAGUCAGAAAUGUUUGUAAUAUCCCUGACAAGAUGGUUUCAUUCAAGCUCAGCAAUGCUACUGCUUCCCCUUCCAUCAAGUUGUUGGUUCCUGAGCAUAUUGUAGUAAACCCUGGGGAUUCACUUUCGAUGGUGUGCGUCACGACUGGAGGAGACCCCCCUCCCACCCUAACCUGGAUCAAGGCCAUUGGACCUCUUCCUAAAACAAGUGUCUUGAAGGGAGGGACAUUAACGUUGCACUCAAUCAAUGCUGAGGAGGCCGGAGCUUACAGCUGCCUUGCUAACAACAAUGUGGGCAACCCUGCCAAAAAGUCAAGUACAAUCACUGUAAGAGCUCUGAAAAAGGGACGUUUCUGGAUUACGCCAGAUCCAUACCAUGAUGAUGACAACAUUCAGAUUGGCCGUGAAGUUAAAAUUUCCUGUCAGGUGGAGGCCAUUCCCCCAGAUGAGUUGACAUUCUCUUGGUUCAAGAAUGGACGUCCCCUUCGGAGUUCAGAAAGGAUGGUUAUCUCAACAACAGAUCCUGACGUCUCACCUGGCACGACCAGCCUGGACAUUAUUGACCUGAGGUUCACUGAUUUUGGAACAUACACUUGUGUAGCAUCUCUAAAUAGCCAGGCUGUACCUGACAUCAGCAUUGACGUAAACAUCUCCAGCAGUACUGUGCCACCAACUUUAUCCGUCCCGAAAGGAAGGUCACCAAUGGUUGCACGAGAAGGUGACACGGUGGAGCUACAGUGUUUGGUUUCUGGAAAACCCAAACCCAUAAUUCUUUGGUCCCGCUUUGAUAAGGAAAAAGAAAAGGAGCUCCCAAUGCCUGAUGGCACCAUGCAGAUGGAAAGCUAUGAUGGAUUACUACGCAUUGUCAAUGUGUCGAGGGAUAUGAAUGGAAUAUAUAAAUGCCAAACAAGCCAGUAUAAUGGGUUUAAUGUGAAACCAAGGGAAGCAGCCGUGCAGCUUAUUGUACAGUACCCACCAAGUGUGGAGCCUACAUUUCUGGAGAUUCGACAGGGUCAAGGCAGGAGCAUUACCAUGACUUGCAGAGUGCUGAAAGCUUACCCAACCCGCGUUUUGACCUUCGAAUGGAAGCUGGGCAAUAAGAUCUUAUUAACGGGGCGAUUUGAGUCACAGGAUUAUACGCAGAUCAGAGUGGACAAUCUUUCCAAAGACAGCUAUGGAGUUUACAACUGCAGCAUAAUCAAUGAAGCUGGCGCUGGCACGUGUAGUUUCCUUGUGACAGGUAAAGCUUAUCCUCCUGAAUUCUAUUAUGAUACGCCAAACCCACUCUGGCAAAACCGAGCACGCGUGUACUCCUAUAUGUUGCAGUGGACUCAGAUGAACCCGAAUGCUGUUGACCGUAUCCUUGCAUAUCGUUUGGGGAUCAGGCAGACUGGCCAACAGCGUUGGUGGGAACAAGAAAUUUCAAUGAAUACUAUGAUCCAAUCAGGAGAAUUAAUCACACACAACUUGACUGAACUACUGAAGCCUGAGGCCUAUGAAGUUCGCUUGACACCGAUCACACGAUUUGGAGAAGGUGAUUCCACCAUUCGAGUCAUUAAGUACACUGAUGCUCCCAUGACAAAUCCACAUUUAGGAGAAUUCAACUGUGCAUUUGAAAACGAGAAGAUCUGUGGGUUCACACAAGAUCGGCUUGAUAAUUUUGACUGGACGAGACAAAGUGCUUCAACCCGGAACCCAAAAUACACUCCAAAUACUGGACCCAGCGCUGACCGAAGUGGCUCCAAGCAAGGUUUCUACAUGUAUAUAGAGACUUCUCGCCCUCGAACAGAAGGUGAAAGGGCUCGACUCCUAAGUCCUAUUUUCAGCACACUGCCUAAAAAUCCAUAUGGAUCCAUUAACAGUGCUUACUGUGUCAGCUUCUACUAUAACAUGUAUGGAAAGCACAUAGGUACUUUGAAUGUGCUUUUGCGAUUCAAAGGAUUCAAAGGAUCAACCGUAACUGAAAAUCUCAUCUGGACUAUGUCCGGAAACCAAGGGGAACAGUGGAUGCAUGCAAAUAUCAACAUCAAUCCAAGUGGAACUUUCCAGCUGAUAUUUGAAGGUAUUCGGGGGCCCAGUAUAGAAGGGGACAUCGCAAUUGAUGACGUUACUGUAACAGAAGGUGAAUGCAGGAAAAUAGACCAGCCUGUCAACAAUUUAAAAACUGGUGGUGAAGCCUCCGUAUUAAUACAUAUAUGGCUGUUUCCAGUCACUCUUCUCAUUGCCAUGCUAAGCCAUCGAAGGUGACCUUAUUAUGGCAGAGGCUGUGAAAAGAUUCAUCAGGCAUUGCACAAAGGAUGAAUCUUUAUCCAUGGACCUUUGAGAAUAAUUACCAAAGAUUCAUCAGCUGAUUGCAGACUCAAACUGUACAUGUGAUGGUGGAAGGCAUCAUGGGAUCGGGAAGGAUGCCGGAAUUAAACAAAACAAAUUAAAAAAUGUAUAUGUGUAAAGUGGUGAACCCAAGAAAGAGAAGAGCUUUCCAUGUUGCCUCAGAGGGAUUUGAAAAUACAACUGCAUCAAGAUGGACUCUGAAAAGAGCUAUAGAAAUCCUGUCAAAGCACAAAGAUCUGGCUAGUUUUAUUACAGUUGGAUGGAGAUGCUUGUCAUCAGGAGACAUAAUGGCUGACCAACAAAGGGAUUUCCUACUGGAAACAGGGUAAAAGAAGUGCUGACAAUUACUUGCCUUCAGAGUUUUCAGCAAAGCAUUCGAUAACUGUGGCUGUCUAUUCUGCUGUGAAUACCUGAUCUCUCAACCGUCUGUAGCAAAUGUUUUAUUCCUUUCCCACCUCUUCACUGUUAGCUUUGCUGUGCUUUAUUAUAUGUUUGGUGUCUCUGCAUGCAUUUCUGCCCACUGUAUGUGAACUGGGGCUCAAAUAGUACUGGGCUAUAUAAGAGUAGCUUGUGGCCACGAUAACACAACCAGUCAUCUGUCUGAAGUGAGGAACCUAAACCACCCACUGUUCAUGACAUGCCAUAAAACUAAGUGCCUUCAAUUUGGAAAAAAAAGUAUGUAGAAGAAUUGCCUGAAUCAUUUAAAUACAAAACACUUUGCACUGCUAAUAAUGGAGUGUGUGGAACCUUUUGUAUAUGUGUUGCAGCUGAUUCCUAGAACUAACAGGCAAGGAAAGCAAACAACCACUGCAUCGUUCCUCCAAGAGAAACUCGAGUUACAAUCAAAGUCCUUGGACAAGGCAUUCAGUUAAAGCCAUCAAGGUGGCUUGCAACCUGCGAUCCCAUGAAAAAUUGGGAGCACCACUUUGUACAGUUAUUGAGUGCAAAUGCGAUGACCAGAGCAAAGGUCUCUGGAAAUGUGCACAAUGCAGAAGUAGCAAACAGAUGAUGGAUUGUACUUAUUUACAGUAAUCUCCAUUCAGAUUGAAAAAUAGGCAGUCUGUGUGAAACUGCUUUAGUGACAAGACAAACUGUGCAGAAUCACCCUGUGAUUUUUAAGCUUGCAAGCACGGAAUUUUCUUUGGGAUUGAAGACUUGAUGCAAGACUGCAAGAAGGCAACAUGCCUCUGCCCCAUUAUCCAAAUCUGUGCCGAUUGUUACAUCUUAUUUUCCUACUUUAACAGGGGUGGAAAAUGUAAUGUUGCCUUUGGAACUCAAGACGAAAAGGACAAGGUCACAAUCAAGUCACAUGAAAACACUUCAGACCUUAGCCAAGUGGUCUCAAAUUGUUCUUGACUACUCUCAUCUUGCUGGUUUUAAAAUUCUGUGAUCCUUUUUGUUUAAAUUAUUUGAUCUUUUAAAUUAAUUCAAAAAAUACUUUUUAGUAUAAAGAUUGCAUAAUUAUACACUCUGAAAUCCCAAGCAUUGACAAAAAAAAACUAUAUGCAAGAAUUUGGAUUAGAAUUAUAAACAAAACAGCAUUGGAGAAUUUGUGUGAUCCAGAGCAUUGAUAUAAAAAGCACAAGAUGUAAUAAAUGAUGAUGAGGCUUGAAGUUUUAUUUUAAAUUCCAUAGAAAAUGUGUCCAUAUUCAAGACAAUAUGGCUGCCGAGAUGAUUUUUCAUUCAUGUUCAAUAAACCUCUUUUCAGGUAUGGUGUGACUUAUUGCAUGUCUGAUUGCUCAAAUGGGAGAUUUUAAUUAAAACAGAGAUCUAAUGAGAUUCUACUAAGCCCUUAAACUUGCAAAGUUAUGUUUUUUUCUGCAGAAUUCAUUUGCUCAUUCCCACAGCUAACCUCAGCUCUGGUACAUUGCAUUUGAUGUGGAUUUCUCUGAAUCCUUUCUCAAAAACUAUUCUUGUGUUAUUUAAUCUCAUUUUUUCUUUAUAUCAUUGUCUUAUUCAUUUGUGAAAUAGCAAGUUUCCUGUAGCCCUCAAUCCAACUGUUCACAUGACUCUCGUCAAUCAUUUCCAUUUGCUGUUUUUGACUAAAAACAAUGUUUAGUUUACCAAAUUCACAAAUUGAGCUGAAAUAAUAGUAUUCUUUUUAUUAAGCAAUUGUAAUAAUCAUCACUGGCCUCCUUGAUUAAAUAGGCUAAUAAUUUCAGGGAAAGAAAAUUUCCUGUUAUCUUUGUGUUGUAGAUCUGGCUCGUUUCAAGUAUUUUUCUGUCUGCUUUUCUAAUAGAUAAAUGAGCUUUUUUUUUCUCUAUCUAGAAUUAGCCGCAAGAGAAUUACAAAUUUCAAACAAAAGCAGCUGAUGACAAAAAUGAUAACUGGUACAAAUACAAUA